AUGGCAGCUCAACUGUAUAAGACAACGUCUGGUCGUCUAUUUCAUGCAGGAAAGAUAGCUAUAAUUACCGUGGGGUUGCCUGCGAGAGGAAAGACCCAUAUUUCGCGCUCGUUGUGCAGGUAUCUUCGAUGGCUGGGAGUUCCUACCAAAGUGUUUAGCGUAGGAAACUAUCGUCGUAAAGCAAUGGGAACUGCAGAGAAAUUACCACAAAAUUUUUUUGAUUUUGGGAAUCUUGAGGCUGCUGAGGCUCGACAUAAAAUAUCGAUAGAAUGUUUAAAGGAUAUGAUAAAAUGGUUGGAAGAUGUCGGUCAAGUUGGCAUCUUGGAUGCUAGUAAUACGACCGAAGAGAGGCGUAGAGAAAUAUAUAACAUCUUAAUUAAUGAAGGAAUUCAGGACAUUGUUGAGGCUAAUAUUCGAAGUGUCAAAAUAACCUCACCGGAUUAUAUUGGUUGGGAUCGAGAGGAGGCCGUUAAAGAUUAUUGGAAACGUAUCAAUAAUCAUUUAGGGCAUUAUCAAACAAUAACUGAUACUUCACUAAGUUUUGUUAAGAUGAUGAAUGUCGGUGAACGUAUUAUCGUUAAUAAUGUGAAAGGAUAUCUUCAGGUUUACAUCCAUUACUCAGCAAAUGCAAUAACUUUACGUUUUAUCUGA